GAAAGUCGUAAUUUAUUCGCUAACAUUCUGACAUUGGACUGUAAUACGGAUAUUCGACACAUUCAAGAGUGUAUAUUCAGGAUAUAAUGAAGCCAAAGAGUGGUACAACUCGACUUCCAAGACCUGAGAACAAUGGAAGGAAAUCUCUCAUUGCAAGGAAAUCAGGUUUGCCUCUUUCAACAACUUAUGGAAGUAAAAUCUCAAAACUAAAAUCAAAGGAAAGGAAAGUUGUUUCUGGAAUUGUUCAGAAUGUUUUUCAGAAUAAAGCUUCCAAUUCAUCCAGAUUGAGUUUACGUAAAUCAGUGAGAUUCAAAGAUCCAUCGAGUCAAGAAAAGAAAUCAAUAUCCGAAAGGAAAACUUUACAAAGUGUAGAAAACUCACAAGUAAACAUAAAGGAGAUGGAAGCUGACAAUUUCUCUUCACAAUUUAUAAAUGAUUUUGAGUUCAAAUCAGAUCCUGAUGCUCUUGCCAGUAUCUUGAAUGAUGAAGGAGUCAGUUCGGAUUUACUGAAGAAAACUCAACUUGCAGAGGGCAAGUCAGCGGAUGAAUUCCUUCUGGCUGGAGGUCGACCUUCUCUUUGUAGAAGAGUUCCGAUCAAUAGAACAUCUGAUGUUCGAUCUUCUAUCCUUUCAUCUCGUGUUAGUAUGGUGCCAGGAAGAGUGGUGGCCCGAACUUCAACAACUGGCCGAUCAUCAUUCAUGAAUCCUCGAUCAAGCGUGGUCCGACAAUCAGGUGUUCGUAAUUCAUUGUUCACUUUUAUCGAACGAAGAUAUUCACAGAAGCAUCAAGAGGAUACGAUCAGACCUACAGCCCCACCUGUGAGGAAUUCAAUGAGAGCAUCAGUAAAACCAAACCAGCCAAAGAAGGUUGAAUUCGCAGAUGAAUCAUCUCCAGUUGUUCAGAAGAAAACAGAAAAAGAUUUGAGAAUGUCAUCAGCUCGAAGAAUUCUCUCAAGUAAACCAAACCAGCAGAACAUUGCUGCAUCUCCAGCUUUGAGACUACCUUCGUCGCCAAACCCUUACGCUAAUUCACCUGCAGUGAGAGUGAAACGAUCUAUAAGAAAAACUCCAGGGAAAUCUUGUCUUGUGGAUGAUGUAUUCAGAGCACCUAAGGUGAAUGAAACACCAAGAGCCAAUGCUGACAUAGCAACAACAUUGUCUUUCUCAGACGAUGAAAACCAAUCUCCAACGCAACCACAACCAAAAGGUCAAAUGCCAAAGGUUACGAACCCCAGGAAGUCAAUUUCAAGACUCAAACCAGUCGCACAAGUCAAUAAACGCCAAAGUUUACAAAAGCCAACAUCAACACAAAUCAAGAAAGCUGGUAUUCCGGCAACAAGCCCAAAAAGCAAAACAAUGUCUUGCAACUAUUCACGUUAUUCUUCUGUAAAAAUUCAGCCGCCGAAACCAAAAAUAAAGGAAGAAAAUAUCAGAACCCUUUAUGUCGAAGCAAAACUUGAUAAGGGAGAAGAACUAGUCCAACCAAAAAUUUUGAAUGAUGAGGAAUAUUCAACAAAAACUGAGCCGGAAAACAUUCCCCAAUCUCGAAGCCAACCAAUACAAAAAAGCGGAAAAAAUGAAUUCUUAAAUCCAAAAACACUCAAUGAUUUUGCCAAGAAUUCUCAGCCUGAACCAGUGUUCAAAAAACCUGCAAAAGUCUCUUCAAAGAUUCCAUCGUUUGGUUUCAAAACAAAGAAAACAAUGGUGGAUGCAGAUGACGUCCUGGAGCUUAUCAAUAAGAAACUAGCAACAGUGAAACGGAGAAGUGUGCAGGCUGAAUUGUCUUCAUUCAUGAAAAGUCUUGAAAAAUCUCUGGGAUCUGUCCAUGAAGAGGAUGAGAAUAACACAGAGGAGAAGGAGAAGACUGUUGCACCCCAAGUCAAGGAAGAAUCCAAGCUUAUAGAAGAAGUUUUUUGCAAAAGGUCUUCUCAAGGUGAAAGCAUGAAAGAAAAAAGAGGAUUGAAGCCCUGGAAAGAGGUUCUUGCUGCCGAGUCGUCGCCAACAUGGAGGGAUAUUUUCAAGAAAGAAAAAGAAUCUCCAGAUAAGACUACCACGACGGGAAUUCCAAUUUCUGCACCUCAAACCACAUCACCUACGACACAAAGUCAAGAGCCUGCUCAUCUGGAUCAACUUCGCAAAGACUACAAUCAUAGUUUAGAAGAAAUUGAUCGAGCUGCAGUGGAGACGAAGAACAUUGAAGACAAAAUGAAACAAUUGCAAAUGAUGAAGCAAGAUUUGAAGAUGAACAAUGUGCAAGCAACAAGAACUCAAGCCGAAAGUUUUCUACAUCCAGAGAUUACACCGGCUAAGGAAAGAAUAAUGAAAGCUCUCGAACCUCACAUGCCAGCAGAUUUCGCUAAACCGAAGCAGACAGCCCACAAAUAUUUCGGACCAAUCAUUUCCACGCCAGAUGACAGCACAGAGCUUGCUUCGCGAGCAAGUUUGACGAACAUUGAGCAAAAGAAGGAUAUCACGGCUGAAAUGGCGGUUUCAGCUCAUUCUAGCAUUCCAGGAAUGACGAAAAUGAGCGUCAAAAUGUCAAAAGCACAACAAAAUAUUCAGCAAAACAUAAAUUCUAAUAGUAGACUGUUUAUGCCCACUAAGGUUUCUCAUUCCAUGGACAGUGGUAACAUGAAACCUUUACUUGAUGAGAAUAAGGCUAGCAAUUUUGAAUGGGUUAAUACUAACCAAUCACCAGAUGUCCAUACUGCUGCCGUAAGUAGAGAAAAAAAAGACACUCAACCGAAAAUUCUGCCAGCCAACUUUCCAAAUACAAUCAAACUGAAUAAAACCACUCAACCAGAAAUUCUGCCAGCUGACGUUUCAAAUACAAUCAAACCAGAUAAAACCACUGAACUGGAAAUUCCGCCAACUUCAAGUCCAAAUACCAUCAAGCCAGAUACAGUUAAGUCAAUGUCUUGGGAAAAACUUGGCAACAGUAAAACAAGCAAAAUAACAAGUGGCAGAAUCGGCCUGAAAUCUCAGCAUUUGGAUAAAGAAGAAAAAUCAGAUUUGGAUUCUGCCAAAUGUGAUAUAAUACCGGUCUCUUAUCCUGCAAAAACGCUCCAAAUUAGGAACAAAAAUUCACCUAUUUUGAAAGAAAAAUUGAGUCCAGCUAGUUCUACCAAAAACGGAGAUGAAAAUUUUAGCGAUGUAUUUUCUAAAUCGCCGAACUUUGACCCUAGUUUUGCGGACUCGAAGCCGGCGACGCGGAAAACAACAAUACGAUCAAGUUGUAGCUCAACUGGAUUUCUAAGCGACACUAUGCUCAAAAAUGUGACGUUUCUUAGUCCAGGACUUUGUGAAAGAUUUGGAAUGACGUAUGAAGAAAUGCAUAAGUUAGGAAAUGCUACAUUGUUACCAGAUCAGGAUCAAAUAAAAAGUCCUGCAACCUUGAGUAACAAAAAUGAUCCAGUCACUUCUGAAAAAAUGCUGAGUCAGCAAAAAUCAAAUUCUUCAUCGCCAAUCUUAACAAUGAAUCAAUUUGAGACUAGGCCUUUGCAGCAAUCAAAAUCAAAUUCAGUAAAUGUCUGUGCUUCUAAUUAUCUCUAUGGACAAGCAUCUAAUGUGGAAGAGUUACCAACAUUGGACACAUUGUCUAUUGUAGGCAUAGAGCUUAGCAAAAAUCUAUCUGCAAAGAACAAAACCUGCCCCAAACAGGAGAAAAAUUUGCCGAAAUUUUCGACAAUUUCAAGCAUCUUGAAAGCUCAAAACCAGCCCAGACGUCUUAAUGUCAAUUUGAGCGAUAAUUCUUUGAUUCCACAAGCAAGUAUUCUUACUCCAGCAUCAGUAAAAUCAAGUCUGAAUAUACCCAUGCCAGAUUUUAAUGCUGGAAAUGAUUUAUUGGCAUUAGAAAAUGACGAUAGCAUUGGUGUACUGAGUAAACCAGAUUUAACGCCGCCUACGAAGCAAAAAAAUGUUCGAUUCAAAGAUGAUUUUGAUUUGUUACGUCUCGACAGUGUCGAUCUGAAUUCGAAUGAAAUUUCACUUCAAGAUAAUAAAGAAACAAACAUAUUUUCACCUUCGGAGAGUGGUUCAAGUUUUCAGAAAGAUACAGACAUUCUUUCCCCAUUCGAGCAAAAUGAGAGUCUAGCAAGAUUUUUUAAUAAUUUAAAUAAAAGUAGCCCGUCGUAUGCUCCUGUCCGUAAUCUUCUAGAUUUCUCAUUGGUGGAAACAGAGCUCACGUCGACGAACCAUGGCCAAAACGCACCAAUCAGAUAUCUCCCAGAACCUCUCCUACCCAUACCAUCAGGUGGCCAUAGAAGCCCUGCACCUUGCAAACCCUCCUCAUUGGUUGAGCCAGAGGUAACAUCAAUGGAGCAUGACAAAAAUGCACCAAUCGGAUUUCUACCAAAACCCCUACUCCCCCAAGCAUCUCCUGGAGCCUUCCAUACAGAAGAUAUACAAAAAUAUUCAGCUGGCAAUACAACACAAAUGUCUGAUCUUGUUCUUUCGAAUGGCAAUUUUUCAUCUAAAAAUCAACCUACACCUGAUAUAUCUGGCAUUGGGUCGUUGGAAACUCAGUACCUAACCCAGCCCUCAUUACCAGCAGAACCAGAAAUUUCGGGUACAAGCCAGUUAAAACCGGUUUCAAAACCUGCUAUGAGAAAACUAGAAAUUUCUGGCACAGACCAGUUGAAACCGGUUUUGAAACCUGCUGUCUUGCCUCAACCUACACUAAUUGAGAACAAAAGUGGAAUACUUUCCGCUGGAGCAAAUGAUAGCGACCAUUUGUUGACGUCAACCAUCAGAACGCCUAAACCAGUGCAUGGUCACAGACAAGCACCUGAAGCACCCAUGUUAGCUGCACCAAGACCAUUACGGCCUCCUCCACCACAGACUCCAGCUGCAUUCAGACUGCUGAGAUCAAAGAAUAAUCAAAGCUCAACACCCAAAAAGUGUCGCUUCCAAUCUUUACCAAGCCAGUCUCCUUCUCGCGGCAUCAAGAAAACUCCUCGUAAAAGAUCUUCAAUCCUUGCUUCGUCUCCGAGUAUCAAAAUCAUUUGCAAGAAACGAUUUUCUGAGGCCUUGUUAGAUGAGGAGGUUGCUUUGCUAACUUGUAGAAAUUUUAGAAAUACAGUAAUGACACCAAGAAAACAAAAACUGAAAGAAACUUCAACUAAUCCACUCGGAAGAGUUCUUAUGGAAGGAGACGAUACUCACUUCAUUCCUCUCUCUCCAAUUGCGAUAUCUAAACCAACUAAAUCAUCAGCGAUGGUCGGAUCUGCGUUUUCAACUUUUGCUAAAGGAACAUGAACAUGGUUUUAGUUCAGAGGGAAGAUUACUGAAGAACCAGCUUUGUAUGUGUUGUCAUAGCCCAAAUCAUUGACUGUUGCCACAUUACAGUACAGUAUGGCUUGCUAAUGCUAAAUUUCCCAUAUUAAAAAUACUUUUCAAAUGUAGAAAAAGUGGUACAUGCGUUGUGUAUGUACCAAGCCGUAAUUUUAUUCCGAUUUUCCUCAUUUAAUUCUAUUACGAGUUUGGGGACUGUCUGUGUUAGCAAAGUGAAUAUACCCCCUGCCCAUAGGUUUCAGUACCUUUACACAACUUGAUGUGAAGUAGGCGAACAUAAUUAGUUACCUCCAUAUUGAUACACACACUUCCAAAGCGCCGAAAAGGUAUUUAGAGAGAAUAUAUUACUGGAAAGGUCUGCAUGGUCAAAGUGUUCAAAAAUAGUGAAUCAUUGUUAUCAAAGCUAGGAUAAGUGCAGAGCGUUAUUCGUGUGAUCGUACCCGACAUGGUAGAUAUUAUAAAACUCUUACUUACCUACAAACAUUGUCUUGAUGUUGAGAUUCAAUCAUUUACUUUUGUAUGUUGUCAUCAGAUUAUCAUUUUUACUCUUUUUUUUUUAGGGCUUGCUUUUAUUCUACUAAACCAGUGGUUCUCAAACGUGGGAAGCGCCACCGCAAUGGGAGCAUAGACAGUUUUUUGAAGGGUUGUGAACAGGGCUGGGCAUUUUCGAAUACCUUGUGAUUUCAGAAUCGAAUCGAAUACUUGAAAACAUAUAAUUUUAAGCGACUUUAUUAUAGUAAUUGAUCCUCUCAACAAAUGAUUUACUGAAGACAUAGAA